CCCACACCCCCCACGACUCUGGAGCCCCGUUAGCAAGACCAUAUCCCGAGUCGCAAGCAUGGCCGCAGUCGCGCCUUUCAACCCCCGACCGCUCCUCCAGAGCUUGGUCGACAAGGACAUCGUCGUUCGCCUCAAGUGGGGCGAGACCGAGUACAAGGGCAGGCUCGUCUCGGUCGAUCUGUACAUGAACAUCCAGCUCUCCAACACCGAGGAAUUCGUAAACGGCGUCAGCUCGGGCACGCUCGGGCAGGUGCUGAUACGGUGCAACAACGUGCUCUGGAUCGGCAAGGCCGACGAGGUGGAGCCCAAGACUGCCAAGGACACGGCAAUGAGCGGCUGAGGCCUCUCAGCCAACAGCCACACGAUGCGUAGCACGGAUGCAAUUUGCAAAAGAAGCGGCCGCUCGCACAAGAGCGCGCUGACGCUGGGCGCGCGGGCUGGCGAUUCAUGGGCGCGCAGUACCGAGCCAGCAGUGCGCUCUGAGCAGCAUUGAAACUGAAGACACCACGGCGUUAGCCGGCGUAGGCAUGAGAUAGGAAACUCGGCGAGCCAAGGGCUUCCAACACGAAGCUUCUCCAAUCCACCAUGAUCCAAUUCAUUCCAAGCUCCUCCAAUCCACCAUGAGCCAAGUCAUUCCAGGCUACUCUAUCUCCUCUAUCAUCG